GGCCUGCGUAGGCCGCUCACCUCCCGGUUCCGCGUCCAGACCCGCCCGGCCCUGGGCCCCGGUGCCGGUGCAGCGCGGCUUUUUCAGAACCCAUAGAUCUUUCUUGAAGAAAUUUCUGGUCAGAACUUUAGACUAUAUUUUUAUUCAGCAGGAGAAAAGGAAGAAAAGAGCGUUGUCUCCUAGGAACCAGCACUGGAAAGAGGAAGGAGACUCUUCCCAAGAUGGUCUCCCGCUCAGAGCUGGGGAAGCUCUUCUGCUCCGCAGAUGCCGUGUGUUUCGAUGUCGACAGCACUGUCAUUAGAGAAGAAGGCAUUGAUGAGCUGGCCAAAUUUUGUGGAGUUGAGGACGCUGUGUCUGAAAUGACACGGAGAGCCAUGGGAGGGGCGGUACCUUUCAAAGCUGCUCUCACUGAGCGCCUAGCACUGAUCCAGCCCUCCAGAGAGCAGGUGCAAAGGCUCCUAGCCGAGCACCCCCCGCACCUCACCCCUGGCAUACGAGAGCUAGUGAGCCGCCUGCAGGAGCGCCAUGUUCAGGUUUUCCUCAUCUCCGGUGGCUUUAGGAGCAUUGUAGAGCACGUUGCCUCAAAGCUCAAUAUCCCAGCAGCCAAUGUGUUCGCCAACAGGCUGAAGUUCUACUUCAACGGUGAAUAUGCAGGUUUUGAUGAGACACAGCCAACAGCCGAGUCUGGUGGGAAAGGAAAGGUUAUUAAGUUUCUAAAGGAAAAAUUUCAUUUUAAGAAAAUAGUCAUGAUUGGAGAUGGUGCUACAGACAUGGAAGCCUGCCCUCCUGCUGAUGCUUUCAUUGGAUUUGGAGGAAAUGUGAUCAGGCAGCAAGUAAAGGAGAGUGCCAGAUGGUACAUCACUGAUUUUGUAGAGCUUCUGGGAGAACUGGAAGAAUAAUGUCAAUUUCUAUAUAGCUUAUAACAAAUUCAGAUUAAUUUUUAAAAGUUACAUGGGUGACAUUGUUUUCUUAAAAUUGCUUAUGACAACUUUUUAUAUAAAGUCAGUACUGAUUAUAUAUUCAAGUAAACUGUAGUUAGGGCUCCUGGAUCACUUUUAAAAAUGAGUUCUAGUAUUGUUAUAACCAUUAAUUACCAAGAGAGUUUUAUAAUUGAAUUUUUCACAUAUAUUUUCCUAGCUGUAUUUUACUUGAACCUUUUACAAGUAUGUAGUAAACACCUUUACUGUUGAAAAUAUGGAUUCAGCACCCUUAAGUGAAUAUUGGUUUACCCUUGAAUAUCUAAAUAAAAGCUUAUCCAUCGAUGA